CCCUGGCGUUGGUCUGUAUUCUGAUUGGAGCUUCCAAAAGCUGUCAGUUGACUGGGGGGGGGAGGGAGUGGAUCUUGCCCGUCGUCACGCGCGCGCGCUCUCCCCGUUGUCCGAGCAACUGAGCGGAAGUGACCGUGGGGGAAACGUGGGACACAGUGAAACAUGGCGAGUUACCGGGGAGGGGAACCGAAACAGAGACGAGGCCUCAUACAGACCUCGUCUGACUUCUAGACAUUCACCAUUGUGCAACGUAGAGAUGCAUGUAGUCCCGUGCUGUACAUGGGGCUGACUUAGUUACACGGCUCUAGUCAUUACAUGUUAUGGCGGGAGGGGGGGCUUGCUCUCUCUAUGUAUUAAAGCAGGGCUCCUCAAACUGCGGCACUCCACAUAUUGCUAAACUACAACUCCCAUGAUUCUCUGGCUAUCUAUGUAAUUCAAAGAAUCAUGGGAGUUGUAGUUCAGCAACACCUGGAGGGUCACAGUUUGAGGACCCCUGUAUUAAAGAGUGGGUACUAACAUUUAUAGGAAUCCACAUUAUGUGCAUGGCAUUAGCUCAGGAUAUUUAUAUAUUUUUAGCUCAGGCUGGCAACCUUCUGCACUCCAGAUAUUGUUGGACUAAAUCCCCCAUGAUACUUUGCCAGCAUUAUGGCUGUAAGAGCAUCAUGGGUGAUGUAGUCCACAACACUUGGAGUGCAGCAGGUUGACUACCUCUUUCUAUACUGUAGAUUUAAUGUUAGCUCAGGUGUAACGUUAUAUGUAGCAACAUUAUUUCUACAAAACUAAUUCAAUAGACGCUUCAGCACAGCUACAAUAACACUUUUUUUUUUUUUUUUUGUGGGCAAUCGUCUGGGGUGGACUUGAAAAUGGUGAUGUACCUGUUCCAAACAAGGAUGGAUCAGAUAUGGAAAAAUCACGUCUUAUAAUUAUAACCUUGUCCUAUUCCUUGCAUUCUUUUACCACAGUGAUCAGUUCUGUGUUGCAUUACAUCUUCAAUCUAUCAGCAGACUAAACAAACUGUAUGUCACCGAUACCACCAUGUAUAUUAUUAUAUAGGUUGAAGAAUUUUACCAAAUCAACACUUCUUUUAUUCCUACACUUCCAAUUUAUCUUUGAAAUCACUACAGUUUGGAGAUGAAUAAAUUCCAAAUGAGCCAAAGGCAUAACACUGCUCCUUCCUUACAACAACAACAUUUGGGCAGACUAGAUGGGCCGAAUGGUUCUUAUCUUCCGUCACAUUCUGUUUCUAUAUUAAAGUUUACUUAUUAAGCUAUAAAAAUUUUUUCCCCACUUCAUAAAGGAUUUGUUUAGUUUAUAUCCUGUUAAACUGUAUCAUAUAGUUAUAGUAAAACUCUUCUGUACAAGCUGAAUAUUAUGAGAUUGAAGAUGGAUAUAUUUCUGCUCUUCAAUAUAUGUUUUUAAUGUUCAGACAGCUAAAUCAAAUUAGAUUUUUUAUUUUUUUGUUAAAUUAUUCUAUGUAGUCAGCCCUUUUAAAAAUUUUUUUUGUUUAAUAAAUAUUAUUUCUCUUACAGUUGCCAUUAUCCUUACUGAAAACAGCGCAAAAUCACCCUAUGGUAUGUAGCAAGUUAACUCAAUGACACAUUUAGUUGACCUUAUUCAUGUGUUUUAGAACUUGUUUGAUAUAAAGCAUUUAUUUUUUUAAAUUUUUUUUAAAGGACCACUAUAGGCACACAGACCACUUCAGCUUAAUAAAGUGGUCUGGGUGCCAGGUCCAGCUAGGUUUAACCCUUUUUUCUAUAAACAUAGCAGUUUCAGAGAAACUGCUAUGUUUAUAAAUGGGUUAAUCCAGCCUCUAGUGGCUGUCUCAUUGACAGCCGCUAGAGGGCUUCCGCGCUUCUCACUGUGAUUUUUCACAGUGAGAAGACGACAGCGUCCAUAGGAAAGCAUUGUGAAUGCUUUCUUAUGAGACUGGCUGAAUGCGCUGCGCAUUCAGCAGGAGAGGAGGAGAGCCCCCUGCCCGGCGCUGGAGAAAGAGGUAAGUUUAACCCCUUCUUCACCCAAGAGCCCGGCGGGAGGGGGACCCUGAGGGUGGGGGCACCCUCAGGGCACGAUAGUGCCAGGAAAACGAGUAUGUUUUCAUGGCACUAUAGUGGUCCUUUAAGUUCUUUAUUUUUGUGGUGCAAAUAUUUUACAUACAUUAUUGCAACACCCCAACAGCAGUAGCAAAGGUUGUAAGAUACACAUUUAAGCAAGUAUGAGGCAUAUAAGAUUACUGCACACAUUUUUAGGUUGAGAUGCAAAGUCACAGGCUAGUCAAACAUGUCUAAAGGAUAAACAAAACAGGGCCUUAGCUUGGGCUAUCCAGAAUUGUGAAUGGUUAAAAGUUAAAGCGUUAUAAAACUUGCUUAUAUUGCAGGAGAAUGAGAGAAUAGGCGUUAAAAUAACAAGUGAGCCCUACCCAAUGCAGGUUAAGUUAAACGGUACGUUUCAAGAGUUACAGGUUAAAAGCAUUGUGGUGAGAUAAUGUAAAAAGCAACGCUAAUGUCAAGGUAGGCCUGGACAGGUCCUGGUAGAAAGACAGAGCGGCAUUUUUGAAGGGGUGAGUAGAUGCACCUCGCACUGCUGCCAUAAAGUUUAUUUGAGCUGACCUUGUUUGGAGUUGUAAUAUUGCAUCUGUUGGGGCUCUGGUAGCUCUUGGGAUGCGAUAGAUCCCAUGAAUCACAACUUGUUUCGCCUGAGCAAUCUCUUGGUAUAUUGUCAGGUCUUCCUGGGUCACAGUCUCCAGGAUUCCCUGGAUUUUGACGUUCCGGCUCCUGUGCCGAUCGUCCAUUGCAUCCAGGCGGUUAGUAAGCAGGAACUGGGUGCGUUGUAACUCUGCAUUUUGUGCUUCUAGUUGUAUGCAUCGUGCAGUGAGGCCCUGCGUGUCCUCCUCUACUGUCUUAACUCGUCCUUCCACCGUAUGUAUCUCCUCCUGCAUUGGGACUAAGUCUGCUGCGAACAUCGUACGGAUGUGGCAGAGAAGGUCUUUUAUAUCUCCUUUUAGUGGAAGGCAGCCUGUUGUCCUCAUCCAAAGAGGGGUGGUGUUUGGGAACUCGUCCAGCUCAUCCAGCGCUUGUUCUUCGGAGGAGGCCGAGGUUGAGUCGCCAUCUUCUUUUGGUGCGGAAAUUCCUGAGGCCUUAGUGGGACGGAGGAAAAGGUCCCUGAUAUCGCGGGACCUUUCCGGUUUGAUGUGACCCGAAAUUAGUGGGAUUUGGGUCGUAUAAUUAAGUUCAGGCUGAUUUUAGCGGAGCUCAUUUGACACGCGUCUGCUCUGGUUGGCUACUGGCACGUACUUCUUUGUAGCGACAAACAGGUAAUAAAUACAUAAACCACGAACAACGAACGUCUGGCAAAGUUCCAAAUAAUUAAUGCUAAAUUCCAUAGCUCAAGAAGGGGAAAUAGUCAAAGCUUGCAACUGUAUCCUGGACUCCAGAAGAGAACCAAUUACACUGAACGAAAAAAGUGACAGGCAUCUGAAAUGGUCGAUUAUUCGCAUAUAUUUAACAAUUACAUUAUGCAAUUUCUUAUGGACAUAUCAACAACAUAAAUUUGAGUACACAUCUGAUUACCAUAGAACCUUGACACCCUCCCAUAAAUUUGUAGUACAGAACAGAAACCUUAGUACAUUCCAUACAGAAAAAAGGUAGGGAAGAGAAAUACAGGAGGGAAAUAUUUGCCUCCUGUCAUUACUAAAAUUAAGAUUAUAGGUACACUUAGCAUAAUCUACAAUUUUACCACAUGACAGGAGGCUUCAUAUUUGCAUUUUUAACACUGAUUAUUAAGAAGAGCAAAAGAAGCAUGAGUAACUUGGUGAAAGAAGAAUACUAUAAAGGUACUCUCACGUGUCCAAUCCACGCAAUACAUGAUGCCUGGAAGGGAUUCUCCCACCGAGAGAGCCUGAGAUGCGGCUGCACCUCUGACCAAAUGGGCCCCGAAACAGGAUUCAACGAAAAGAGAUGAGGAACAAUAACAGGGUAAGUUUUGCAGACAAUUGUCUGAAAGACCCGGGUUAUCCGGCCAAUCUAGAAGGAACCGCAGAACCACUUCUACGUCCCAGAGACGAGAAUAUUUAGGAGCUGGAGGCCUGGAUAGCUUAGGUAAAUAUGGAGCAGGCUUGUGGUUCUACAGCGAGUUGCUAUGCUUAGAGUCCAGACCGAGUGAUUCUCGAUCUGGAAUGACCGGACAAGCGACAUACCAGAGGGUCUUGGCCCACUGGGAUGCCUUGUAUGGGAACGUGUGUGUGUGUGUGUAUAUAUAUAUAUAUAUAUAUAUAUAUAUAUAUAUAUAUAUAUAUAUAUAUAUAUAUAUAUAUAUAUAUAUAUAUAUAAUUUUUUUUUUUUUUUAUAUUUCAUUCAAAGCUCUGGCACUCACCAUAAACAAACAAAUGUAUGUAUUUUUUUUUAAACAGAAAUUACCUGGGUGCCUCCAGCGCACACAUAAAUAGAAAAUAAAUGGAGCACUCCUCUGGGAUUUUUUUUUCAAGGUGUAUUGAAAUGAACAAUCAAUCAAAAAUUUCAACCCUCCUGGGUCUUUAUCAAGAUCAACAACAAAUAAUACAGUGCAUCAAUAUAUAAAAUAAUAAAUUGGUGACUUACCAAAGGGGUGUGAUGGCUCCCAUCUGUGUUCCCGAAACCGGAAGUGAUUGGUCCAUGUGCGCAUUGCAAGGAUGACGUGAUACGUGCAGUGACGUCAUACGUGAUGACAGUGUGCGUGGGGGAGUGUACUAGCAUGAUUGUAUACCGUGGCCAUGGCAAAAACCACCUUCACCUCCUGUGAAGUAUUGUGAAUAAAAUAAGACUGAAAGAUUCUAAAGCCAGAGCGAGAUCUGACCGGACUAAUUAAGAUACUCCGCAAAAUACUAGGGAUCUGAUGGACCCCCAGCUACCUGUAUUAAGUUAGGUAAAGUAUAGGAUGAAGAAUCCAAAGCAGCCUUAUGCUAUACCAAUGGGUAGAGUGUGUAUGUAUGUGUGAUAGAGAGAUAUAUAUAUAUAUAUCCCUGUUAAUGAACAGGUAUGAGGUGGUAAUCACAUGCAGAAAUCCAUUGUACACUGCACUCAUUAAAUUGACUUGCAGAUAAAGCAGGCACAAACAGAUGCAGAUUGUAUGACAUAUUACCUUGUCAAGGUCCGCAAAGGUAAAUAUGGAGCAGGCUUGUGGUUCUACAGCGAGUUGCUAUGCUUAGAGUCCAGACCGAGUGAUUCUCGAUCUGGAAUGACCGGACAAAAGAUGGCUGCCGUGAACUUCGCGAUACUCGCACGAUCCAAAAUGGCCGGAACUAACCGGUAUAGUAAGAAUAACUCUGAAAACCCCCUCCAUCCUGUAUGCACCAUAAACAUAGUGUCCCCUGAUAGAAAGAUGAGCGCGAACGUGGUGAAAACGGCCGUGACGCACAAAGAACCCUGAGGCGUGUGCUUACAGGGCUUUUUGUGUAACAUCCUUUUUUUUCAGAUUGGUUGUUUGUUCUGUGCUGCUGGAGAUUUUCAGUAGAGUUAUGCAAAUAUGAAGCCUCCUGUCAUGUGGUAAAAUUCAUCCACUUUACUCGCCCCUUUCUGUCUUUCCUCGGCUGCUUCGCGAAAUGAUCAUCUUGCAUCAUUUUAGAGUGCUGCGCAACUAUAAAGUUGAAGGAUAUUAAAAAAAAUAUAUAUAUAUAUGUGUGUUUAUACAGUUGCAAGAAAAAGUAUGUGAACCCUUUGGAAUUAUACGGAUUUCUGCCAUGUAUUUAUUGAACACACCAUGUAAACAUUCACAGUGCAUGUGGAAAAAGUAUGUGAACUCUUGGAUUUAAUAACUGGUUGAACCUUCUUUGGCAGCAAUAACUUCAACCAAACGUUUCCUGUAGUUGCAGAUCAGACGUGGACAACGGUCAGGAGUAAUUCUUGACCAUUCCUCUUUAAAGAACUGUUUCAGUUAAGCAAUAUUCUUGGGAUGUCUGGUGUGAAUCGCUUUCUUGAGUUCAUGCCACAGCAUCUCAAUCGGGUUGAGGUCAGGACUCUGACUGGGCCACUUCAGAAGGCGUCUUUUCUUCUGUUUAAGACAUUCUGUUGUUGAUUUUCUUCUAUGCUUUGGGUCAUUGUCCUGUUGCAACACCCACCUUCUGUUGAGCUUCAGCUGGUAGACAGAUGGCCUUAAGUUCUCCUGCAAAAUAUCUUGAUGAACUUGGGAAUUCAUUUUUCCUUCGAUGAUCGCAAUCCGUCCAGGUCUUGACGCAGCAAAGCAGCUCUAAACCAUGAUGCCCCCACCACCAUACUUCAGUUGGGAUGAGGUUUUGAUGUUGGUGUGUUGUGCCUUUUUUUCGCCACACAUAGUGUUUUGUGUUACUUCCAAACAACGAAAGUUUGGUUUCAUCUGUCCACAGAAUAUUUUGCCAGUACUGCUGUGGAACAUACAGGUUCUCUUGUGCAAACUGUAAACGUGCAGUAAUGUUUUGUUUGGACAACAGUGGCUUCCUCUGUGGUAUCUCCCAUGAAAUCCAUUCUUGUUUAGUGUAUUACGUUUUGUAGAUUUGCUAACAGGGAUGUUAGCAUUUGCCAGUGACUUUUGUAAGUCUUGAGCUGACACUCUUGGAUUCUUCUUCAACUCAUUGAGCAGUCUGCGCUGUGCUCUUGCAUUCAUCUUUACAGGAUGGCCACUCUUAGGGAGAGUAGCAGCAGUGCUGAACUUUCUCCAUUUAUAGACAAUUUUGUCUUAUCGUGGACUGAUGAACAGCAAGGCUUUUGGAGAUACUUUUAUAACCCUUUCUAGCUUUAUGCAAGUCAACAAUUCUUAAACGUAGGUCUUCUGAGAGCUCUUUUGUGCGAGGCAUCAUUUACAUCAGGCAAUGCUCCUUGUGAAAAGCAAACCCAGAACUGGUGUGUUUUUUAUAGGGCAGGGCAGCUGUAACCAACACCUCCAAUCCCAUCUCAUCUCAUUGAUUGGACUCCAGUUGGCUGACAUCUCACUCCAAUUAGCUCUUGGAGAUGUCAUUAGUCUAGGAGUUCACAUACUUUUUCCACCUGCGCUGUGAAUGUUUACAUGGUGUGUUCAAUAAAAACAUGGCAACAUUUCAUUCUUUGUGUGUUUAUUAGUUUAAGCAGAGUGUCUAUUGUUGUGACUUAGAAGAUAUCACAUUUUAUGACCAAUUUGUGCAGAAAUCCAUAUCAUUCCAAAGGGUUAACAUACUUUUUUCUUGCAACUGUAUGUGUGUGUGUGUGUGUAUAUAUAUAGAUAGAUAUAUGUGUGUGUGUGUGUGUGUGUGUGUGUAUGUAUGUGUGUGUGUGUGUAUGUAUGUGUGUGUGUAUAUAUAUAUAUAUAUAUAUAUAUAUAUAUAUAUAUAUAUAUAUAUAUAUAUAUAUAUAUAUAUAUAUAUAAUAUGAUUUUCCACGUGUCCCGCACUCACUGCUCCCGGUCUUGUAAACGCCUGGGUGCAAACUCUGACCUUGUUGAAGUGCACUCGCAGGACUCAGUAGUAUUUCUAAUUGUGCUUAUUUAUUGAAGCAUCAAAUAUUACAAAAAAAAUUGACGUUUCAGUCCUAUCUGGACUUUUUUCAUCCUAUACUUUCCCUAAGUACGAUUUGAAAUACUACGGAGUCCUGCGAGUGCACUUCAACAAGGUUAUAUGUGUGUGUAUAUAUAGAUGUGUGUGUGCGUGUAUGUAUGUUUAUAUAGUUGUGACAACCACUUUAAUGUUUAAUCACAAACAUUUUAUUAAUAUUAUCUAUGAAAUAUCCUACAUUAAAUUUAGGUGGGAGUGUGUUUCAUGCUUUUGCGAAAUAUUUUUGUUUGCCCAUAAUAUGCUAUAACUGUUAGUAGUACUGUAAUCCGUUUGGCAAGUGUUCUGAAAUUUAAAUUUUGUUCCUUUAGUUGGUGGAAUUAAAGAAUGGAGAAACAUACAACGGUCACCUGGUCAGCUGUGAUAACUGGAUGAACAUCAAUCUAAGAGAAGUUAUUUGUACCUCAAGGGUAUGUGUCGUCAGUAUAAUUUGUUAAAUAAUACCCUAAAAAUAAUAAGCAAUAAGCGCCCAUGGCGUUUUAGCCCUGCAAUCUGAAACAUUGCUGUUUAGUAGAAACAAGGUUUUGAAUGCAGAGCUAAAUACACCUCUGGUGGCUGUCUUUCUGCUUAUAGUGUCCAUUUAAAUAUAAGAAUAAGGAAACCAUAUAAAAAAGAAAAACACUGAAAGACCUUUCUGCUUUAACAAUCACUCAUACUGGUGACUACCAUAUUUAAUAUAUAACAAAAAUUAAAAACAAUUACUUCUGUUCAUUCUUGGGUCUAGUCUUCUACCAUAAACCCCCAAAUAGCACUUCAACCAUAAGUAGUUUGAGGUGGAUGAUCAAUACUGCUGAAUGAGCUGAUAGCAGCUGUAUCUUUAACAGCUUUAAGCCAAGCCUCCAGAUGUUGCUGAACUAAAAUGCCUAUGAUUCGCUGGCGAUUUAUUUAAUUCAAAUAAUCAUCAUUGUAGUUCAGCAACAUCUGAAGGGCUGGAGUUUGGAGAACCCUGUUCUAAACUAACCAUUCGCCUCAAUACUAUUUUAGCAUCUAAACUUUAACUUCUACAUUAUGUUUAGACAUAGAGUAACCUGAAAGGGUUACUUCAAGCAACAUUAUAACUUUAGCGAUUUAAAGUAGUCAUGGUGCCUAGCGUCUGCAUGUGCAGCAUUUUACUAUUAAACACUGCACAUACAGAGUUUAACCCACCUACAGUAUCACUGGGGCAUCAGACUGCCUGAAAUGAGUUCCAGACUGGCUCCUCAAUUUUGUGUCUUUUGUCUGCAUGCUGGCGACAGACAACUAAUGUCAGUAUGGCUCCCCUUAGCUCAACGUUCCUCGUAUAUUUAUUUUUUAUUUUAUUAUACUUUGACUGUGAGGACCAGCACACCAGCUGUUACUUAUUUAGCCAAAAUUAGUUUUCUUAAAACACAGUUUUUUUGGUUGAAGUAACCCUUUAAAAUAUAUCAUGUAAUAUUAAAGAUAUAUAAUGAAGUAUGUAUUGAUGGAAAAUAAUGGCAUUGCAAGGCUCUUUAAAUGGUCUUGUAUUUUGUGAUAAUAUGAACUUGGUUCAUGUGGGGUAAUAUUUAUUCUAUUUUCUAAUCUCUCUUAAUUGUGCAUCUGUGCACUGAUUUCAAAAUUACAGAGUAUGAGGAGAAGCUGGUGGUUCACAUUUAAAAAGCAGUUAAAAGCGGCAGCUACAUAAAACAGUUGGUGACAGGGUUGGAGUUUCGGCUUCAAAGGAGUGAAUCACUAGUCCUGCUCUGUCUAUAAGACUGAGAGGUGGCAGCUGUACAGGAAGGUUGUAGAGUUGGGACAGGAGAUAGUUCAAAUGGGAGAGAAUUGAGAUAACUAGAAGUCGUUGUCAAUCAAGUAAAUGGUCGUUUCCGUAACGCUGUGGAAGGUAAUGUAUAUGAGGUUGGCUACAGUGUGUAUUGAUUUUGUAUGUCAGAAGACAGGAGACUAGAGCAAAAGUUAGAGUAGAUGAUCUCAAGGAUGUUCUACCAGCAUUAUGAAUGUGAGAAUGGAUCCAGUGUGUGAGACUGAAGGACUGAGGCAUCAGAGUAAGUAGUUGUCACUGGAAAUGUUGAAGUUACCAAGUAAUAACCGGUAAUGGACAAGUGUAGAUUUACCUUUUAGGUAGAUUAAACAUGCAUUCCAGAGUGCAUAUUGUACAAGGAUACGAGUAGGGGCAGGGUAUAUAGAGAGAGGAUUGGUAAAGUUUUUUGGGAUGAAGUGCCUAAUUGAAAUGUGGAAGGCAAUCCGAGUAAAGCGUUAAACAGACUGCUAGUAAAUAAUUCUAAACAGGGGAAAUGAGAAGGUGGAACUAAAUGGUUUUUCUGGAAAAGAUAUGUAUUAUACAUCAAGUGUGUGUGUAUAUGUGUGUGUAUGUGUGUGUGUGUGUAUGUGUGUGUACAUAUGUAUGUAUAUAUAUUUACAAUGUUAAACAAAAAUCUGCACACCAGUCAACCCAUAAGACUUGCUUUUCCCACAGAAAUAACAAAUUUGCAGUGGUUACUACCGCAAAGGAUUCUGGGUGGGCAUAUGCAAAUUAGUUUAACAAAGAAUCACAUUUUUACCUCAUUCCAUUUUAAACAUGGAUUCCUUUGUCUGUGUUUGCUGUUUACAACAGCUUUAAAACACAACUUAGGAAAAGAUGCAAAGCCAGUGGACCACUCAUGGAAAGCUGUUUCAUUGUUAAUGCAAAUCAUCAGCAUGAGGUUGGUUACUGGGUUGCUUAUUGAGGCUUGGCAGUGCUUGGGAAGCAAAAAACAAAAUGGUUAUGGUGGGGAAAAAAAAUUGUGAUGAAUCCUUUGCAGUAGUAACAUCACUGUAAAUUUGUGAUUUCUGUGGGAAAAGCAAGUCUUAUGGGUCAGAUUUGUGUUUAACAUUGUAUUAACUAUCCACAGACUUCAGGUGGAAGGGGUUUUCAAUCACAUUUUUUUUCCCCAUCAUAAAAUUUUUGGUGUGUAUGUGUGUGUGUGUUAUAAAUUUUUCUCUUUAUGUGCUCACUACUGUAUGUAUGGAACGUCAGUUUGCCAUGUCACUGCACUCUCUUAAAUAAGAUAAGCUCCCACACUCUACUGAAAUUAAAAUGAGAAAGUAAUGUAAUGUUUAGUACUCAAUCUGGAUAGGAAUGUGUGCAUAUAUUUGCAUGGUAGAACUUGUGUAGUCAGUAAAAAUUUACAUGGCAUAGCUGUAGGUAAGGUCUUUAAGAAACAAAUGUUUUCAAUUUUUGACAUUGUAGGCCCAGUAUAAUGUAUUUGUUUUGUCACAUAAUUGGUGUCUCCAUUCUUUUGGAGAAUUUCAAAGGAUAACUCGUUAUUUUGCAAAAAUCCAUUGCAUCUCAAAAUCACCAAACUAAAAAUCACACCGGUAUAAGGAGCAAAAAGUAAAGUCCUCCGUACUCCGCAAUAAAUUAAGUUAGUUUACUUAGUCAUCAAAGUGAAAGGGUAAUGUUUUGACACGUAUAUGUGUCUUUCUCAAGCCAAGAAAAAGACGUGUCGAUACACUGCACUUUCACUUUGAUAGCUGAAAAAAACACCUGAAUUUACGGAGUGCAAAGGACCUUUAUUUUAAUUUUAUUUUUACAAUUUUUAUUUGCUUAUACCAUGGAUCUAGGGGAACAGGGACCCCGCCUUCUAGCACCUGCACCAAAAUGUGGAAUUAUUUGAGUGCCUUCUACACACUAUUUACUUAUCAAAUAGGUAGAAAGAGAACACGAUUUUGAAGAGUAAGAGGGUUGCACAAUAGUGAGCAUGGACUGUUCCAAGGUGCCUAAAGAUGACUGUUAGAAAAGGAUAGUGAGAAAUGUAGGCAAGUGAUUUUUAUUUUUUUUAAACCGAUCACUAAUGGAUUUAAAAAUAUAUAUAUUUUUUUUAUUUAUAAGAUUUAUUUAAAUAACAAAAUACUCAACAAUUUCUACUUUUCUAAAGCUACCAGUUGCCAUACCAUGUAGUGAAAUUUCUAAAAAGUAAUCUAUGUCAAAUGAACACUAGAAGGUAAAUGCAUGCUAGGCUUUCUCUUUCUAACUACCUUGUUUGAGUGCUUCACAUCUUUCUGCCGCUGUCACAAGGGUUCAGUAUUUUAACAUGUGCUUAUGAUUUCAUUUUUAAUCUCUUUACAGGAUGGUGACAAAUUCUGGCGGAUGCCUGAGUGCUACAUACGAGGUAGCACUAUUAAAUACUUGCGCAUCCCUGAUGAAAUUAUUGAUAUGGUGAAAGAGGAAGUGAUGUCAAAGGGCAGGGGUCGAGGUGGCAUGCAGCAGCAGAAACAGAUGAAAGGCAGAGGAGUUGGAGGAGCUGGACGAGGUAAUCUAUUUUUUUGACAGAUAUUGAGAUUUUAAUGGGUAGAACUAGAUCAUAUAAGAUUUUGUGUAGAAUAUCUGUUUAAAACCAGCUACUCUAGUGUUAAAUAUUAAUCAUUUAUAAAUUACACAUAUUAUCUAAAAAAUGUAAAAACUGGGAAUGUGUUUUUUGUGGAAAGUUAAAGGAACAUUAUAGUGACAGGAAUACAAACAUGUAUCCUGUCGUUAAUGUAAUAUAAGUAUGUAGCCCCUUAGCCUCCCUGUCACUAAUGUAAAAGGCAAAACGCCACAUUGGUCAAUUAGCAUCUUGUCCUAGAGAUGCAGUGUGUAUGUGUGUGUAUAUAUAUAUAUAUAUAUAUAUAUAUAUAUAUAUAUAUAUAUAUAUUAUUUUUUUUUUUUUUUUCAUUAGAAUGGGAAUAUUGUCUACUCCCCUUGCUUCAAAUUAUUAUACCACAUAAUUUUUAAAUACUCCUGUGAGAGUAGGGAAGAUGCUUGCUGCUGUUUGUAUAUGCCAAUGAUUAAAGGUUAACUAUCACUACUUAGUAUUUUAAACUAUUUGUUAACCUUGUAAUUAGCAAUUACAAUUAAAUAUGUAUUUAUGAGGGGUAAAAUAUAGUAGUAAAUAUAGUACAAUAGUGAAUAAAAAAGAAAAUCUAAAGGUCAGGAGACCUAAAUGAUAGGAUUUAGUGGUCACAUGAGCACUAUCAAGGCAUUGAAAAAGAACAGCAUUGGGGUAAUAUGUCUUGUGGCUUUGGGCAAUCUUAGUGUCUAAAGCUUAAAGGGAUUCUCCAGUGCCAGGAAAACAUAUGUCUUCCUGGCACUGCAGGACCCUGGAAUGCCCCUCUCCCUCCCACCCCAUAUCCCAAGUUGCUGAAGAGGUUAAAACCCCUUCAGUGACUUACUGGAGUUCAGCGCCGAUGUCCCUAGGCGCUGGGUGAGGCUUCACCUACUCUCCUACCCCGCAAUCAACCGGCGGGGGAGACCUAAUGCGCACGUGCGACAAUGGCCACACAGGCGCAUUAGACCUCCCCAUAGGAAAGCAUCGGCGACGCUGGAGGUCCUUGCAUAGCGUGAGGAAGUCCAGCGUCGCUGAAAAAACUUUUCAUGUUCUAUGAACACAGAAGUCCCUCUAGUGGCUGUCUAGUUUGCUCAUUUGAGAAAGCCCCAAGAGGCGGGGCAAAAUGCAUCACGUGACCUGGUGAUCAGGAUACAAGGAAGUGAACUGAAUACACACACCAGCCAGCAGGACCGGCCCCAGAAGGAGAGAGAUUACACUGAACUGUUAUCAAACUCCCCAUGGUGUGCGCAAUGAUAUUGAAACCUUCUGUAAACAUUUAAGAGCAAAUGCACAAAUCGAUGCUUUGGCGCAAAAGUUUAUUUUUUAUCCUGGGAAAAAAACGAUCCAGGACAUAUUUUAACUCCAAAAGACAGAUACUCCACCUUGUAUUGUAUGUAUAUUUCUGUUUGCUGUGCGGUUAAAGGGAAAACCCACUAAGGUGUUAGAGUAUCUACCACUAUUGGCAUUACUCACUGGGAUAUUGUAAUAUAUAUAUUUUUCACUAUUGCUGUCUAGUAGACCGCCACUAGAGGAUGACUUAACCCUGCAAGGUAAAUAUUGCAGUUUAUGGAAACUGCAAUAAUUACACUUGCAGGGUUAAGGGUAGUGGGAGUUGGCACCCAGACCACUCCAAUGGGCAGAAGUGGUCUGGGUGCCUGGAGUAUCCCUUUAAGCCAGGAAAAAAGGGGAUUGAACACAGGUGAACUUUUGACCAUAUGGGGUGGGUGCCUUUUUAUUUUCUGUUUUGUGCUAUUUUAACAGUACAAUGUCUGUCUGAAAUUUUCACUACUUCAGGUAAAUGCUAGCUGUAGCCUUCAUGGUUGAGUGUGAUAUGUGUGUAUGAUUUCUGAGCAAACACCUCUCUAUUGUGUGUAAUUUUAGCAAGAGAGAUCCACUUUAUCAUAGGUGAUGCAGGGGUCCAAGAAGAAGUGUGUUACUAAGAUCUUUUUCCAUCCUCCAUUUCAGGUGUAUUUGGCGGAAGAGGUAGAGGAAUCCCUGGAGGUGGCCGGGGACAACAGGAAAAGAAACCAGGCAGGCAGGCUGGGAAGCAGUAAUGGUCUGACUGUGUAUUCUCUUACCAGAGACUGUAAUCACAAAUGCCUCUUUAGUCUCACUUCAGUUCUGCCACAUAUUUAAAGUAUUAAGUCUCACAUUUUUCAGCACACCAGCAACAUUCAAUUUUGUCUUAAUUCAGUUUCAUGCUCCCUCCACUAUAAUUUUGAACCAGCCUGAAUGAGGCAUGCUUGUUCCAAGAACAGAGAUAGUCCAGAACCAGAUGUCAACACAUGAUUUAUGCCUGUUCCUCCCCACCCCACCUUUCUGUCUCUAGGAGGCCUGCAAAUGAACUUAGCCCUUGGCACUGAAGACUAUGAACAGCCUGCAUUUACCAAUCUCUGGGGACAUUGGAAUAACCAUGGUACCCAUCACUUGUAACAACUGUGCAGCUUGAAUGUUUGUUUUUUGGUUUAAUACAUAUGAUUUCUAUAGAUUAUGUAUGUGACUGAUUUCGAAAGCUAUGUUGUUUGCUAGCCAAUUGGACUUUUUUUGUUCUUUAUUUAAAUAUAUUUUGUAAAAUGUAUUGCAGGUCUUUCUGAGUGGAGUGCUUUAAGUAGAAUUGCAUCGUAAGCAUCAUGUGACUCAUUUAUUAGAUGUCUAGGGAUAUUCCAUAGGCUUGUGUUUUCCCUGUUUAAAAUGACCAGUUAAGUAAUAAUUAAAGAACUUUCACAAUGUCGAACAAUGUAUAAUAGAAAAAAAAUUUCUAAUUUAUGUUACUGACAUUAGAGACUUCGCUGCUUUUUACUUUUUGUCAGUUCUAAAAGUGCAAAAUUUCUGCUUACUCUCUAACUUCAUAAAUCCAUCUCCCAGGAGAGCUCAGGUUCACUAAAUAGAUGCCCCUUUGGAGAACAUAAAAAGCACAUUUCUUCCUUCGUGUACUGUUACGGAAUGUUUUAAAUGAGUAAAGGUUACAGUUCCUCAAUUGCAUUGGCUGUGUGUUCAAAUAUUUUGCCGUAGUCAUGGUAACUGUUGGAGCGAAUCAUUUUUAUUUCUUGUUAAAGAAAAUGUCAGUUUCAUCAUGGUUAUUUAACAGCGGGAUUUGCAGCUUUUGGGAGUUCAUUUUCAUUGAAUGACAUUAAACUUGGAUCUUUAUAUAACAUUUUACAGCCAAGAACUCCAAAUAUUAAGGGGCUAGGUCUAGGAAAAGAUUGCUUUGUUAUUCAUUGUUUUUUGUUUUUUUUUCUUCAUAUUGUCGAGCAGUUACAUGCCCUACAUUUCAUUACACUGUUGUCCCUGCAGCAUAUUUUACUUGAUGCUUACUAAAAAAAUAUGGCUUUUGACUUCUUGGAAAUUAUUACUACUGUGUCAAUACUCUCAAGUGCAGAGUGAAAUUUUCAUAUUUUUGUGUUUUUUUUUGUCUCUGAAAUAAAAACAUAAUGCAAGUUACAA